UGAAGCUAUUGACGCUAGCAACGUUUACAAAGUUUCUGAAUGAGUGAUUUAGAAUCCUUUGAUGAAGAUAGCCUAAUUGAGAAUAAAAUUGAUCAUGAAACUAGAUAUGGAGAAAAAACACAGAACAAAAAUGUCAACUGUCUAAUGAAUAAUGACAUCGUCAACAAUAAUCAUGAUAUCAAUGGCGAAAAUAUAAUUUACUACAAUCAUGUCGAAAAUGAAGCAGUUGAUGUACCGAUAAAGGAAUGUAAAUCAUCUGAUUUAAACCCAUCAGUUAUUCAUAAUUAUGAAAAAUUUGAAGAAUCUUUAACAUCUGAGUCAGUUCCACCAUUAAAUUUGCUCUCUGAAGAGAGCAGUAUUAUUGAAGCUACUGAAUCAUGUAAAAAAGCAUUUAAUAUUGACUUGAGAGCUGAAAGUAUGACAUCUAAUUCAUCAGAAAAUUCUCUUGAAGAGUCACGAGGUGAAAUUAUUCCAACUCAAUGGAAUCAAUGUAGUCAAAAAUUAAAGAAAUUACAGUUGGAUAAAAUUAAUCCCAAUAGAUCUACCAAGAGUACUAUGUGUGGAUCGAAUAAUAACUAUCAGUAUGGUGAACCCAUCAUCCUUGGUGAAGAUAUUAUUGGCCAUGAACUAGUUGUUAAAAAUAAGCUAAAAACCAAACUGAAUUUUAUUGCUUCCAACAAAAUAAACAUUCAUCAAGGAGGUGUUAAAAGUUGUCCCGUAACAUACGGUCAACUUCAUAAGGUGAAAUCACAAUAUAAUUCUGGAUCAGCGAAAUGUUUAACAAAUAAUCAAUUUCUACUUAGUCCAAAUUUGAAAAUUACCAAACGUCAUAGAGAAUAUUUUCAAUCGGAUCCUGUUUUAUGCUCUAAUAGACAAUUAAUAAAUAAUAAAGAAAACUAUAUAAAUGAAUCACAAUGGAAUGGGAAUAAUCUGUCACAAUUAACAUCAUCACCAUCAAUAUUAUCAUCACCAACAUCUUAUAAACAAAUAACACCUAAAAUAAAUCAACCACUUUUUCCAGCUUGGUCUGCAUAUUCAAAUAAAUUAUACACAUUACGCAAUACAAAAAACAGUUCUGUGAGAGAAAAAGAAGCAGUAAAUCAACCUAUUGAAUCUUACUGUGAAAUCCAACCAACUUACAGUUCAUAUGAACAAUUAAAUGGAUAUAGUCUAAGUGGCAAUACUCAAAUAGAAAGUAGUAGAAAAGAGAUCAGUUACAAUUCCUACCCAACUUCAGCAUCUGGUGUAUUUCGAAUGGGUAUAUUGCAGCAGGCUGAACUAGCUAAAGCUCAUAAGCAAUUUUGUCACAAGUAUUAUUCAUCACCUCCCAUGGAACUGGAAACCAAAACACGUUUGCACACAUUAUGUUCACCAAACGUAAAUACUCAAAAAACCGCUCAACCAUGUUUCAAUAACAGUAACAGUAAUUCACUUACUUCAGGAAACUCUAGCCAGCGGAAACCUUUGAUGCUAUCACAACAACGAUAUACACUCAAAGACUAUAGUUUAUUGCCAUCAAUCAACUCAAAAUCACGUGGAUUAGGUCCUGAUAUAGAUAAUGAAGAGUAUCGUCAGAAGGUAAGUAAUUGGCACUUUUCUUAUAGAAUUUACCAAACUAAUCAUUAGGUGGAAAGCUGGUGAAAAACGUUUUUGUUACUGUAUUGGAAAUAAAUAAUGGCAGUUGGAGAAGUAUGACGAAUGGAAUAAAUUUUCUGUUAUUGACCUUUACAUCAGUAUUUCUAGUUUAUUUAGUACUCGUUCAAGGUAGAAAAAAAUUAAAGAGCAUUAAUUGUUUGUCUCUGUUAUAAGUGACAUCCCUAGUUUCUUCUAAUACUUCAGUUUUGAAAAAAGGUGACUGUCUUAUACGGAAAAAUUUGAAGGUUAGUACUUUUUAAGGUUUUGAAUCAGUAUCACUAGUACCUAGUACUGCUUUCUGUGGGUGGUUUGAUGCACGUUACUAGAUAAAUAAUCUAAAGGCAUGACACUUUAACCACUUCAAGUUAUCUUCUGAAAGUACUCAAUAUUCACUAGUUUUGAUAUGAACUUUUUAAAUCCUUAAGUUUUCAAGUCAUAUCUCCCGGAAGAAUUUUUUGCAGAUUGUCUUUAUGUGUAAGUGAAAUUCGUUGCAAAUUGAACUCAGUUGGGACCCUAAUGAAAAUCAACGGGUGAUUCACGACCUUUUAUAUUUGAGAAUAUUUAUCUUUCAAGCAUUUGCUUUGUACUAUAUGUUUGAAUACAAUAUUCGGCGAGACUGUAAUUUAUGGACGAGCCAAUUAGAAGCGUUUGAGGAAUUUCAAGGUCACGGCGCUAAUUUCAAUACCCGAUGCUUACGUACGAUCACUUUACAGCGGAUUUUAGAGAAGAGAUGAUUAUUUAGCGGCUACAAGAGAUGGGACAAUUAAGAAGUUCCUUUACCUGCAACUGCGGUAAUCAAAUGACUGCAGUACCGUAUGCAGACUAUCGUGAUGACAUUGUGUUUCGAUGUUCUUUAUGUUGGAGAAAGAAGGCAUUUUUGGAGGGUCAGAAACCGGCAAGCAAGCACAAUAAUACCAAUUAUACAGAAAUACGUGCAGCCGGGCACUACGAUAUAUACAGAUGAUUGGAGAGCAUAUAGAUGCCUUCAUAGACUUGGGUAUAUCCAUCAUGUCGUAAUGCAUGAACGCCACUUUGUCGACUCUACUACCGGGAUUCACACUAAUAACAUUGAAGCCAUGUGGUCAAGACUGAAGGAAUUUUUAAGACCGUAUCACGGCUCCAGAGGACGCCUAUUAUGAAGCCAUAUGGACGAGUUUCUGCAUCGUAUGCAGUAUGAUUUCAGAACAUCUGAACCUUUAUCAAACCUCAACAAGUUU